AUGGAAAUUUCAAAUACGCACCCUGUCGAUGAGCCCACUGAAGGGUUUUUCCUCAUCAUCCUCGAGCACCCAGGCAGAGUGCGAUCCUCGGGCUACACGAGCAUUAGCACCGCCCGCUCCAUAGAUCCCAUCCCGAUCAUCCAGCUGGCUUACCGAGACGAGAAUGGCAAUGUCAUCACAGAGUAUCCGGCGUUCGCGGAGAGUGUCUCCUUUGUCGUCUCUGCCACACUUGCAUCCAAGGAUGGCUCCAAGGACAUUCUCAGCAUCAACUCGAUCUAUCGCUACAGCGAUACGUUGGAUUCCCCAACCACCUCGACAUCGUCUAAGCCUUCAAACACUGCCCUGCAAUAUCCCGAAGCGAGCCGUGUUUCGGGUGACAUAGAGAGCCAACCCGACCCAAGCAGCAGCGAUGGAUCGUCACCGGCCCAGCGACGGCCACCAGCCGUUCCGGGCUCAUCCGGAACCUCAAGCUUCACCGACCCUGUCCGCGCGCCUUCCUUCCCCAGCAUGCUCGAUACCAAUCCGGCCGCCGUUCCAGUUGCAUCCCAAGACCACCAUCCUCUGUUUGGCAACACUGUCUCUCCGAGCUACUCCGCCAAGGACCUCGUCGGCCGGCAGGGUAUCUUUUUCGUGUUUGGUAACCUGUGCGUUCGGCUUGAAGGAAUCUUCCGCUUGAAGUUCAAGCUGGUGCACCUGAUGCUUGGCCUGAACCCGCCGCUGCCUCGAACGUUGACGACUGUGAUUUCAAAUCAGUUCGAGUCGCAUAGCUGGAGGACGUUCCCCGGAAUGGGCAAGAUAUCCGAUCUGGCUCGAAAUUUUGUUGAUCAAGGCGUCGUCAAGAUCAUCCGCAAGGCACAGCCGGCCAAGCGGGCUCGAUCCUUGGACGAGGGCGACUCAGCAAGGGAGCGCACCCGAUAG